AGACUUUAUUCGCCCAUCAAGGCUAUUUCCGUAUUGUUUACAUACCUUUAGCUAUGAGAUUUCACCGAAAAGUACAAUCGGGCUAUUUAAAACGCGUACUUUAAUUUGUCAACAAUCAGCUGGAGAUGGCUGCGGUUUGGCAGCAAGUUUUGGCUUUAGAUGCCAGAUAUAACACCUAUCGCGCUCCAAAUAACCCCCAAUAUAGGACUCUUUACAUUCGUCGGAGGAGUCAGCUUCUCAGGGACACAGCGAAAGCAGCGAACGAUCCUCAGGUGCGCAAGCAGUACCUCAAACUACGUUCCCAGUUCCUUAUAGAGAGAUAUGGAGCAACAUUGUCAGAUCAAAGCAGCGUUUGGAGUCGCAACAACAGUGGUCGUGGGAGCAAGGCCAAUCUAGAUAGCUUGGAUGAUAGCUACAUUGAUGCACGAGGUCAUCUGGAUGUCAGAGGUCACCGGCGCACCCAGAGCCGGGGGUCAUUCAAGCUGGACCCGUUCCACCUGGAGAAUUAUGGCGUCAUGCCCACGAGAAAUGCCGAAGCCAGCAGAGCCAUGGCUGGAGGCAAGUCCAUCAGUGAGAACUACGCCUUUGCCGGCAUGCACCAUAUAUUUGAUCAGCACAGCAAAGCUGUGACGUCUGUACAGUUUGCCAAUGAGGACAAGUCGCGCAUGGCUUGCAGCUCCAUGGACGGCACCGUGUCCAUCUGCCAAGUCCUGCCCAGUCCAGCCACUGUGGUCUGUGUGCUGAAAGGUCACCAGAGCGGGGUCACAGAUUUCUGUUGGUCCCAGUCCAACGAUCAGAUCUUGUCGGCUUCCCUGGACGGCACGGUGCGUCUGUGGGCAGUCAGCAGUGCUAGCUGCGUGCGGACAGUAGAGGACCCCGACAGGUCAGCCGUCCGCACCUGCAGGUUCCAACCGCUCAACAAUAACAUGAUCGUGACGGGUAACAACAGAGGCCAUGUGAACGUUCUCAACGUGUCCACAGGCAAAGAAACGAAAGGAGGUCUAGGCAAGCUGUCUGGACAGGUGCUGUGCAUGGAGUUUGAUGACCAUGGAAGCGUCCUGUGGGCUGGCGAUGACAAGGGAACCAUAUUUUCAUUCCUCUUUGAUCUCGCUACGGGCAGACUCUCCAAGGGAAAACGCAUCGUUGUGCGCGAGGGUUUUCCCAUUAGCAGUAUCUGCUACCGUGCCUGGGUGAGCAGGGAAGCAAGAGAUCCAACGGUGCUGGUCAACUGUGCAAUCGAUUCCCUCUGCAUCUACAAGGUUGUUAGUCCUGAUGGCGGACUACGAGCCAAGAGGAUGUACCCAAUCAAGCACAGGACAGCCCUGAUCAGAAGUACCUUCUGUCCGCUCAUGUCAUUCAGAGAAGGGGCUUGCGUCGUCACCGGCAGUGAAGACAUGAACGUGUACUUCUUUGACGUCGAGCGGGCCAGCAACAAGCCAUGUCUGAACAAGCUCCAGGGUCAUUCGGCGCCGGUCCUCGCUGUCAGCUUCAACUAUGACGAGUCCCUACUCGCAUCCUGUGAUGCUGAGGGCCUGGUGAUCGUCUGGAAGAGAGAACAGCAGAAAGCAAGGUAGCAGAUGAUAAAUGAGCAUCGGAUUGACAGGACACACUAGGAAAUGCACCCUAACUACAAUCUGUCAGAUCAGGCAGGUUCCUAUUUGAACAAGUCACUGUGCACAACACGAGGCAACUUCUAGCCAUGACAUGUGUACAUUGGUUAUUGUACAUGAUUAAUUUUCAGUUAAAUUAGCACAAAAACGUUCAGCAUGAGAUGAAUCUCUUGAACAUGCGCAAAACAGAAGUUUGAGGAAAAAGGAGUAGCUUUCAAACCUCCCGAAGUUGUAUUCCAAAUCGUGGAUUGUCGCAUAAUGUAUCUCAGUACGGGGGAAAAAAAAAUCUGAAGGUAAAGCUGCCCACACUGUAAAAGGCACACUAACCUCGGAGGAAAAAUGGGCUUAACUUGGCUUUGUACCAAUGGAAAUGUCUAUCCACACCCAGGUAAUUUUGUUGCUAAGCACAGCAACUGUGAAAUGUGCAUUGUGAAAUACGCCUGUCAUUGGGCAAGUGUUUGUGCUAUGUUUAUAAAAAAAAAAUCAAAACCGGUAAGGGGCCGGCACCAGACUCGGCCAUCUUGUGAUUCCUUAGUUAAAUGUGUUUGAUCUGGUGUACAUCUGCUUGUAUUUACAUGUAGUUCUGUAUAAUGUAUUUGUAUAUUGAGUACACAGUAACAAAACCUAUUACAGGUCAGACCCAAAUUACGAAAAAAGUAUUACUUUCAUGUAGAAAAUGGUUUUCAUAAAGGAAAGCUCGGAUUAACCCAAACAGUCCUCAGUCCUCCAACAGGUGAAGGAUUGAGGACUGUUAGGGUUAAUACAGUAAUGAGCAAGUGUAAUACUAUUGAUCAGUAUUCCAUCACAAAGGAAAUAAACACCGCUCACUCUCAAAAUUUGCAA